AACUCAUGAUAAGAUUCAUGGUUAUGACGGGCGCAAAAUGUGAAAAUAUAUUAAAACAUUACAAAUUCGAACACAUCUAUUCAGUCGCCCAACUCAUAAUAAGAUUCAUGGUUGUGACGGACGCAAUAUGUGAAAAGAGAAUGACUAACAAUGGAGAAGACGUGUAAAUAUCUAUCGAUUAAGCAAUCAAACCCGAACCGACGAAAUGCAUCCAGCUAACAGGUCACAAGGCCCUAAAUAUCUAGCGAUUGAUAAUAACGGUGGAGUUGGGAAGCUAGUUGCAGCAAAUGGACAAACCCUAAAAACGACCUGAUGGUUUGAUCGAUCUCUUGAAUCUCCUGAGCGAUGUGUAGUUUUGAUUUUUAUAAGCUGGGGGAAUUCCACAGUUUUUGAAAUCGGGUCUGAUACAAUACCAGCUUUUUGCCCUUUUUUUUACCGUUUUAUUUUUAUACUUGAAACUGUCAAGUCUUGGAAAGGGGUGGUUAACUUUCUUUACAUGGGCAGUCGGUCAAACUGUGUGAAUUUGGUAGCCGUUGUUGACUCAUGUUGCUGUUAUUAUAUUGAGGAUUCUUGUUGCGAUAGAAGAAGAAAAAUGUAGAGAUGGAAACGGUUACUUUGUACUUUUCCUUACUCUUGGAAUGACUGAUUUGAAAAUACUAAGGAUUUUAUCUCCUCAAAAUGUCAUACGAAAUCCGAUUACAAAGACGCAUUAGGCGGUUGAGAAAAUGUACGUAGUAUGUAGCAGACUAGAAGUAUAUAUAUAUAUGUGCAAAAUAAUAAAAUCGCAGUUUAUUUUUAUGAAACAAUUUGUAAUAAAACUGAUGAUUUCGUAGUAGUAGGGUAUGAGUCAAAUGAACUUUUCAUUUUAUCGCUUAGUAUAUACACUUGGAUAGUCAAUAAUAAAAGCAUGAUAUGUCUUGUUUGUUUGUUAUAAACGUGAUAACUCAUACCAUUAAUCAACACACCCAAGAUCUAGAAACAAAGUUCAAAAACAACACUCCAUAAAAAAACCCACCACACACCCAAACAUGAAAGUUACAAGAAGAUAGCAAUCCAACCCGACAAUAAGGUGUUAUCGUAUCCUUUCUUAGCAAUAAUGUCAUACCGAUCUUUAACCGCACUUCACGACAGCCCGCCCCAACAAGCAUCGAGCAAACUGCAGCCACCAGAUGCUGCAAAUUACUCAACUUAGGUACAUUCCGCUUAACCCAUGAUAUAUGCUCCUCGUGCUUAUAAGCUGUGUCACAAUCAAAUAUCAGUUCUGUUAUCACCGCGAUCGUCCUACGACGAUCCCAGUUGAAUAGAAAUUUACACUCUUGUUUCUUGAUGAGAGAGAGAAGAGGAGGAGGGGGCCAGGUUGCCAUUAGGAGGGGCAACAUAGAAGUGUAAAAACCAGUGAGGAUGGCUCCCCACAAUGUCCCCUUUUUUUUGAACUCUCAUUCCCUCUCUUUUUACCUCAAUUAUUCCCCUCUCUUUUUACCUCAAUCUCAACACUCCUCCACACAUUAAUAAACAUAUACCCUUAAUUAGGAGAAGUUGUAGAAAACCAACCCGUGGUGUGUCCUUCAAUUGUACCCACACUCCCACAUGUCCCACUCCCUAUCUCAUUUGGCUUUGUCCUUUGUUCCCUUCCUCUUCUCUUCCUCCAUAAAUACCCUUCUUCCCCAUUGCACCCUAAACCAGAAAAAACCACACUCCUCUCCUCCAUUCCUCACCUGAGAAAAGAAAGAAAGAAAGAAGGAAGAGAGAGUGUAAGAGUAGUGCAUAACUAAACCAAAAAAAAAGGGAGGAAAAUGGCAAUUAGGAAACCUAACAAGUUGGCACAGGCAAAAGUGCUGAGGCAGAUCCUGAAGAGAUGCUCCAGCUUGGGGAAGAACAACAACAACAACAACAGUGAUCACGACGAUGAAGGUUUCCCUCCGCUCGAUGUCCCCAAGGGACAUUUCGCGGUGUACGUCGGGGAGAAGAGGAGUAGGUACAUCGUCCCGAUCUCGUUCCUGACCCACCCCGAGUUCCAGUUCCUCCUCAGACGAGCCGAGGAGGAGUUCGGUUUCGACCACGACAUGGGUCUCACCAUCCCUUGUGAGGAGGUCGUUUUUCGCGCCCUCACUUCCAUGCUCCGGUGAGUAGCAGUGAGGUCUGCAUCGGAGGAGGAAAGAACCAGUUCAUCCCGAUAUCGGGUCGAUUACACCAGUUGUGGGGAUGCAACAACAAAAAUGGGAUCCAUGACAUGUGGAGAAGAGAAUCAAAGAUGGCCCAAAGAUGAAGUGUUCAUCUUUUUUUUCCAACAUCUUGGUUCUCUCUCCAUUGCUGUGAAGCCCUCAUGCUACUGCUCUCUCUCUCUCUCUCAUUUUCUUCCUUUUCCCCAUUGUUUUAGAUCUGGGUUUUUUUCUUUUGGUCCUUUUUUUUGGGUUAGAGGGUCUAAUGACUGACCUAGGAAACUACCCAUGUGACAAAUUAUUUUUUUAAGGCAAUGGGGAGUCUCAAGUCUCAACUCUGUAUAAAAUGCAAACUUAUGGUUUUCCCCACAGUGACACCCAAAAAAGAUAUGGUUCACUGUGGGAGAAGUUUCAACUUUGAAGCAAUUGGAAUGUGUGGAUUAUCUUUCAUCUCUGCAGUUGUGUUAUCAUUCCACAAGUAUGUCAUGUCAAGGACCAGUUCGUCGUUCCUUAUUCGAAUCGUCGGAGAUUCAAGAAUUUCGACCUUGUACCCAAUAUGUUACAAAUCAUUUGGCAGUCUGAUACUCACCAGAUCUGUGCAUGGCAAUGAACUGUGAAGAAGAAGAAAGAAGAAAAGAAUAAUAGAAAAGAGGAAAAUGUAUAUUUGAAGGCAGGCAAGAUGAUUAGAUCAAAAGAGAACAGUAGAGUUCCAACAUAUGCAUGUAGUUUGUUGUCAGAGAAUGUGGGGUACUUGUGUUUCAAGAUAUAUAUAGAAUCAAUCGUACGGAUCACAGAUGUAUAUUUGUAUGUUUCUCUGUUCUUCUCUUCUCCUUUUUUUUUGUUUUUUUGAUUUGUUAGGACCAUAUAUAUAACCACAUCCCCUAAUGAUAUCAUAUCAAUCUGAUCCAACGGUCGAGAUUAAUUUGUGGACGGCGGGUAAAACGAGACUAAAUAAUAUGUGUUACGAUGGAUAUUAAUCAUACUCGUGAAUCAGCUAACUGAUCAUAUAUCGUAUUAGUCAAUCAUGUAAAUUCGUGUUCUCUAUACAUUUUUGCAUGUUUCGAUUCUCCGUUCCAUUAUAAUUAACAAGUGUUAAUUGAGUAAUAAAACAACUACAUAACCUUCCAACACAUGGGAUGUUAAUGGAGAUUAUGGAGAUCAAGUGGGAUAGGUAUCUUAGAAAACAUUGAAGCAACACUUGCAUGUGAGAAAACCAUAAAAUUAAAAAAAAAAGUAUAAAUAUUAUUAUAUUGUAUUAUAUAGGUAUAAUAUUAUAUAUGACUACUACUCACCCAUUUUCACCGUGCGGUUAUAAACUAACUGGUCUCAAUAUAACUUUGAGUUGUUCAGACUUUUGAGAGAAUUCCACGCAUGGAUCUUACCCACCGCUCCACUAGUCCUCUCAUACGAAAACCAACUCAUGGGCUUGAAAUUUGCACAAGUCCCCUAUACCAUAUAUUUUUAAGACAACGCAGUAACUAUAUUAAAGUGUCAUAGCACUUGAAAACCUGGCAUCAAGAACAAAUCAACUCUGAUACCAUAUCAUAAACCAACCGACCAUCCUCAAUAACUCGACUUGUUGAGAGAGAAGUCGAUGUACGUAAUUUCGCUCACUUCCUUACCCACUGCUGUCAUGUCUGAUCAUGGUUCAAUCUUCUCCAUCUCUACUCAUUACUGUAACUCUGGCCACAGAAACCUUCUGCAGAUUUCGAACACGUCUACGACCAAUAUCAAGCCUUAUUACUUGUCAAGAUCUUGCAGCUGCAGCUCUGCUACGUUCAUCAUCUCGUUUCCAUGUGUGCAUUUAAGUUUUUUGCGUUGGAGCCUAUUAUGUUUGUAUGUACAUAUGGAAAUGAAUGCAUCCGUUGAAC